AUGGUCCAAAAUAGGAAAAUUCAAAAGGGAUUCCAUCGCAGGGGGGCAGAGGGAGCCCAGAGGGGUGGGCCAAAUUACGGCCCCUCACACAGAAGGCGGAGUGGCAGUUCUCAACACAGCGAUAGGGACACCAAAAUAAUGCAUGAAAGAAAUUUGCAGAAUAACUCAUUCACCAAUUUUGAAGAAUUAAGCAAAAGACAUACCUUUCUGAACAAAUUUUUACGAAAAAAUAAGAGUGGGAAAUUAUUUUACAAUUUCGGAAAAUCUCUAGCUAUUUACUUCCUGAGUAAAGCUACCCUCAAGGAGUACUACAACCUCAACUUUUAUUUGCCAUAUGUACAAUCCAAAGCACUGGAUGGGAUCUUGGAGAACAUAACUGUAAUAUCGAAAGGUGAAGAUGGAGACUAUGUUAUUCUUCAAGUGAAUGAUCUGGCCCAGUUUAGGAACACUCUUCUGAUCAUGUAUAAUGAGUACAACCAGAUGCUACUAAAUUUGCCAAGUGAAAACCAAGAGUGUGUGCUGAUCAACGAGAGUACCUUCAUAGAGGAGGAAACUAGGGACAAUAACAGCUACCUUUGUCCGAACAUUCCUGGCAGGGCUAAUUACAUGCACUAUAUAGCCGACUUGACUGCGCUGCCGAAGGUUCCCGGGGAAGGGGCCUCCAAGGGGGCCUGGCAUGGUAAUCAUCCUGUUGAUCAUCCUGGUGAAAGGACUAAGGAACGGAUUGACGAACCGAUUGUCGAACCGAUUGUCGAACGGGUUGGUAAAAGGACUAGCGAACGUAUUGGCGAAGUGACUGUGGAAGAACUAGACAAAUGGGCACCCCGCACGCGGGAGACCAAGGGCGAGCAGAAGGACACCCUACUGCGCGGCAGCCAAAUAAAAGUACUAGACAUUGGGGUCGGCUCAAACUGCAUAUACCCACUACUAGGGAAUUGCAUAUACAAUUGGUCCUUUGUAGGGGUAGACGUAAACUUAGAUUCUUUGAAAUUUUGCUACUUAAAUAUUUUACUAAAUAACAAAGAAAACAGCGUAGUGCUCAAGUAUCAAAAGGAUCCUAGGAAAAUAUUUCAUAACGUCGUAAAUAAUAGAGACUUUUUUUUUUUCUCCAUUUGUAACCCUCCAUUUUACAGUUCCUUGGAUGAAGUUAACAGAAACCCAUUUCGAAACAUCCGUGCACACCUGAACGAAGUGGUUUAUUUUGACACCGAACAAGUUGAAUCUACAGAGUCGCAAAAGGUGGACGAUGAGCUUGCCUCGGCGAGAGAGGAUAAAACAACUCGUCGUGAGCAGAUCGGAGCAGAUAUCGACAGACCUCGCGUGGCGAAGGGUGAUAAUCUAGACAGCAACUAUUCCUUCGGUGAGUCCUACAAUAGUGAGCAGGAACAUUUCAGAGGAAUCGAAGAAGUGGAUGAGAGCCUGCAAAGAAGUAACAUAAAAAGUGACCUAAGAAGUGACAUACCCAACGAUCGUGUCGGGGGAGAAUACGGUUUUAUCCUAAAUAUGAUUAAGGAAAGUAGCUCCUAUUUUUACAACGUAGUCUGGUUUACCACGUUGGUGUCCAAAUUUAAAAAUGUGAAAUUAAUAAAAAAGGAAAUAAUAAAGUCUAUGCGAUUGUACACUAUGGAUAACAAAAAACAAGUCAAUUUUCUCGAUUCCCUUACACGGAAUGACAUGCAUUUUGAUCAGCAGCUUCGUCUGCAAAAGGUAGAGGGGGGGGAUUCCUUCCCGGUGCAUAUAGCGCAGCAUCGAAUUUUCGUGUCCUACACCGGAAGAAUAAGCAGAUGGAUCGUUUGCUGGUCCUACUACGGAGAGGAACACAUCGGCCGCGUGAAACGGCUGCUCCACGCGCGAAUUUGUAAAACGUGA